AUGGAUAGCAACAACACUUGCGAUAUGACAAUUGAUAAUACAACGGAUAAUUGCGACGUAUCACGACAGAUAAUUGAAAUGGCGAGAAAACAGCAACAAAUGCAAGAAGAAGGAGUCAAAGCGUAUAUCGAAGGGAUUAGUGAGAAACUUUUGCGAGUGGACAGCUGGGAGACGUUCAAUGCAGGUGAAAUAGCUGAAUCAUCAUUACAAGUGGCAGUUAAGGGAAAUGGUUUUCUUGCUGGUGAUGAUCAAACACAUCGUUUUCGACACUUUUUAUCUAUCGCAACCAAUUUUUCUUCGUUACCGUUUGCUGAAAAACUGCUUAAAAUUCCCGAAUUGGUGGAAAGUAUCAAACAACUAAUUGAAAGCAUGAUAAAAGAAGUGCAAGAAUACAGCGACAUGGCGAAUGAACUUCGUGAUCUCAUUCAAUGCUUCAUUCGGAUGGUAAUGCAAGUAAAGCACAAUGUGAACAUGAUGCUUCCUCUACUCACAGCUGCAACGUCCCAGCUGUUGGUCGUUGAAGAUGUUAUGAAUACAGAUCCGACUCAAGCGCUCAACGAAACUGAUAAAAAAGAUGUCAAACUUGCAUUAGAUCGAAUGUCAACCGGAAUACAAAAUUUACUCAGUAUAGCUAAAUCAUCAAAAACUGAAAGUCAAAAGCUAGACGAUCGGAUACACAAUAUGACUGGAUCAGUUCAAUCAAAAAAGAUGAUUGUGAAAGAACGAUUGGAAAUUGCAGAGUUUUGUUUCAAGCAUUCUGUGAAAGCUGGUGCAGUCGGAGGUGCAGCUGCAGCUGGAGGAUGUGUUGUAGCUGAAACAUUUGGCGGUGUGGGUGCAUUAGUCAUUGCAGGAACUGCUUUUCCUCCUGUUGGUGCUAUUGUCAGUGCAUUUAUAUUGGGUGGAAUAUGCGCAGCAACCGCCACUGUUUUGGUGAAAAAAUUUUGGGUUCGUUAUCAACAUAAAGCACUUAGCUAUUUAGAAAAAAUAUUUGAAGGUCUCGUUCACCUAAAUUCAGCGAAUAUGAAUUUUAUGCGAUACAUGACCGAUACCGAAGAAAAAGCGAACACAGUCUCACAGCAUCUUCAAGAUAUUCAACUGUGUCUGAAGAGCGAACGACAACGGCGUGUAAAUCGUGACGUUUGCACUCGGACUAUUAAAUCAACAAAUGCAAUGAUCGAAAGUUUGAAUCAAAUAUCUGCUAUUGAUACACAACGGACUGAUACCACGACCAUGCUUAAUUUCUCGAAAACAAAGACCGUAACAAAUGCUAUCACAAACUGA